UCCCCCCCGCUGUUGGUGCUUCUGCUUGAAGCUGCCAGGAUGCGCGGCAGGUUCCUGAGGCGGCUGGUGGUGGAGGAGAGCCGGCACUCCACCCCCGUGGGCCGCCUCCUGCUUCCCGUGCUCCUGGGGUUCCGCCUCAUGCUGCUGGCCGCCAGUGGGACGGGGGUCUACGGCGACGAGCAGAGCGAGUUCGUGUGCCACACGCAGCAGCUGGGCUGCAAGGCUGCCUGCUACGAUGCCUUCCACCCUCUCUCCCCGCUGCGCUUCUGGGCCUUCCAGGUCACCCUGGUGGCUGUACCCAGUGCCCUCUACAUGGGUUUCACUCUGUAUCAUGUGAUCUGGCACUGGGAGGAAUCUGAAAAGGUGAAGAAGGAAGAGGAGACCCUGAUCCGCCAAGGGGAGAAAAGCAGAGAUGCCUUGGGGCCUGGAAGCCCCAGGGUGCUCUGGGCCUAUGUGGCACAGCUGGGGGUGCGACUGGCCCUUGAAGGGGCAGCUUUGGGGGGGCAGUACCAUCUGUACGGGUUCAAGAUGCCCAGCUCCUUUGCGUGUCGUCGAGAGCCUUGCCUUGGUAGUAUAAGCUGUAAUCUGUCUCGCCCCUCUGAGAAGACCAUCUUCCUGAAGACCAUGUUUGGGGUCACUGGGCUCUGUCUCUUGUUCACGCUUUUGGAGCUUGUGCUCCUGGGCCUGGGGAGACGGUGGAAGAUCUGGAAGCACAAAUCUCCCUCUUCUAACUACUUCCCAACUUCAGAGAGCGCCCAAAGACACAAGGAACCGACUGAUAACUUUCCAGUGGUGGAAACAAAAGAACGGUUUGCAGAAGCAGGUGAGAGGGGCAGUGAUGUCCCUCUUUCUACCUGUCCCUGAUGUAUGGGUCCUGAUGAUCCCCCACGGCAAGCCCCUCACCCUCCUGGAAGUACAAGUCCCACAAGUUACAAAGUAGAAAACCAGGUUCUACGCAGAGGUGUCCUAACCAUUCAUCCCA